AUGCCCACUUACUGGCCUGUAUACGAUAAUUACACUGACACGAGCAAGAUUAAUGCAGCCCCAUGCCAGCAAGAGGACAUAUACAGUUUUGCAGAGAGGUAUUCCCCUGUGGUAUACAGCUUGGUGUUCACUGUAGCUCUGAUGGGCAAUGUGCUGGUGCUGUGUGUGAUCCGACGAUACCGAAACUCCCAGAGUGGUGGCGCCUGUGCAUUCUCUCUGACCGACACGUUCCUCCUUCACCUGGCUAUUUCUGACCUCCUGCUGGCCUUCACCUUGCCUCUGUUUGCAGUGCAAUGGGCUCAUGAGUGGGUAUUCGGUUUGGCUGUUUGCAAGAUCUCCGGUGCCCUCUUCUCCCUGAACCGCUACAGUGGCAUCCUUUUCCUAGCCUGCAUCAGCUUUGACCGAUACCUGGCCAUCGUUCAUGCUGUCAGUUCUGGCUGGAAGCGUAACACCUGCCAUGCCCAGAUUGCCUGCGCUGUCAUCUGGGUGGUGUGUUUGGGCCUGAGUGGAGUGGACAUAGCCUUCAAACAGGUAGUGACAGCCCAUGUAGGACAGCCAAGGCUUAUGUGCCAGGUGUGGUUCACUCAGAACUCCACACAAUGGCAGGUGGGACUGCAGCUUGUCAGCUUAAUUUUAGGUUUUGGGGUCCCACUACUGAUCAUGCUCUACUGCUACAUCCGCAUCUUCAGGUCACUCUGCAAUGCCACCCGUCGCCAAAGGCGCAAAUCUGUCCGCCUCAUCAUCUCCUUGGUGACUGUGUUUAUCAUCUGCUGGGCACCGUACAACUGCUUCCAGCUGGCAGAUAGCCUGCAAAGGCUGGGUGUGGUGACUGGAGGUUGCCAAUUUGGUCAUGUAGUGGACAUCGGGACUCUGGUCACUGAAAGUGUGGGGCUGUCACACUGCGCCUUGAACCCUCUGCUGUAUGGCUUUGUGGGGGUGAAGUUCAGGAGGGAGCUGGCUAGAAUGUGUAAGGGGCUGCUCGGACAGAGAGGCUUACUGGGUAUGGAGGGAUGGAGGCAGAGGAGACUCAGAAAAAGUACAGGCUCAUUCAGCUCAGCAGAAAGCGAAAAUACUUCAUACUCUGUCAUGGUAUGAGUGACAGGAAGAAUGUGUGGGGAGAUAAUGUGUGUGGUUUUGUGUUUAAAAAGAAUGGAUGUCUAGAGAGGUGUUACAUUAACUGCAGUGCUUGCAGAGACUGAAAUUACAUUUUAUUUAGACUGUAGAAAUGUUCUCAGUGGUAAAAAGCUUGCUGCCUGUGAUGAAUUUCAUCUACUGGCAUUUUCUGAUAGUAUGAUGCAGCUUUCAACAUCUUUUAUUACUGUCUGUUUGUUUUUUUUACCCAAGAAAACUGUAGUGAAAUCAAGUGUGUGACUCAAGUUGUAUGAACUGGUGUAGGGGGUGGUGCACAUAGUAAAACAGUACAACACCAUUCCCACAUGCUGAUGCUGUUACACAACUUUUUAGUGGAUCUGUUGAUUUUUGUGUCCGUAGGUCGAACCUUGUGAAAUAGUUAGAUUUCUUCAUACCCCUAGAAAAGCUUGUUCAGCAGUUAAGAUGUUGCCUUUGGCGUCAGUAGUCAGACGCACAUUUCAAAUCCUUACACUCUUACACUGGAUUUUACUCAUCAGAUUCCACGCUCAGCUAGUUUGCAGUGUAACUAGUUUCAGCUACAUCAGCAAAAAUGUGUAAAUAAGUGUGUAAGUUGUUUCCAGCUGUGUGUUUGAAAUGUUUUAUUUGUGCUUUGUGCUGGAAAAUGAAUAUCACUCUCUUAUGAUUUUGUAUGCAACAAUCCAAACUUUUUGUUAAGU